AUGUGGGAAAACGACAAGAAAUUUAUUAGAGCAGUGAGAGAGUGCUACGCAAACAUGCAAGUCUCAAUUGAUGCUGGUGAGGAAGUUGAUUACAGCAGCCACUGCAUUAAAGAGACUGAUGCCCUUAUUAAAUACACCAUUAAAUAAAUGAAUAAAUACAGAGCAUCUCAUCCUCAAGAAGUAGCUGAGAAGAAAGCAAGAAAUUACAACCCUAAAAUGCCAUAUUUCCAAAACCUCUGA